GCCAAAUACUAAAUACGAUUAUUACGAUUAGUAUUCGUAUCACGGUUUAAGAUAUUUUAAACCAUGAUUCGUAUAUAGUACCUAUUUGUUCAUAGUUCGUCGGGCAACCAUAUAAUUAUCUUAAAUCGAGGACACGAUUAAAGAAUUAAUUCAUCGUACCAUCGUGGUUGUAGUUUAAUAUUUUAUCAUAAUUAUUAAUUCUAUUAUUAAUUACGUAUUCUAUCAACUACCGUUGCCAUAUCUUAAUGUUGACAUUUUGUUGAUUCGUAAAAUAUACACAGUUCUAAACACUAGUAAACGAAAGAAUUAUGGCACCCAAAACGACGACAGCUACACGUCGUCUGAAACAAGACUAUUUACGACUAAAAAAGGAUCCAGUGCCAUAUAUAAAUGCUGAGCCAAAUCCGUCUAACGUAUUAGAAUGGUAUUAUGUAGUAUGUGGACCUGUCGAUUCGGUAUACGCUGGUGGUUAUUAUUUGGGAAGGCUAGUUUUCCCAAAAGAUUUUCCAUUUAAGCCACCCAGCAUUUACAUGAUCACUCCUAAUGGCAGGUUCAAAACAAACACUCGUCUGUGUUUGUCUAUAAGUGAUUACCAUCCAGACAAAUGGAACCCAGCAUGGAGCGUAUCUACUAUACUCACUGGACUGCUUAGCUUUAUGCUGGAAAAUAAAAAAACAUUGGGUAGUAUAGAUAUGACUGAUUUCGAGAGGCAGCUAUUGGCAGCUAAAAGCUUAGAGUCAAAUUUACGAGACGAAAAUUUUUGUGAACUAUUUCCUGAACUUACCAUGACAAUACAAAAAGAAAUUGAGAAACGAAAUUUGGCUAAAGCUAAAGAAGAGGAGUCAUCAAGUAUGGAUAAUAGCCAACUUGAAAACAUUGUUUUUCAACCUGUUGUUAGCAAUAUUCUUAUGGGUGGAUAGUCCAGGAGUGGCCUUAAAGACCUUGUUUCGGACGCCUAUUUGGCAGAAUUUUUUAUAGAGCACCCGUAGGUUUCUGUUUCUGCUACGCCUCGUAUGGAGAUGGCAACUUCUCUCUCCAAACACUGUGGCGGCCCGAUGAGAAGUGUCACCUGAAACCGAGUUUCGAACCGGCUACAGUAUGCGUUGUAACUGAAGCCUUAGUCCAUUCUAUUAGUCCUCAUUAUAAUGAAAAUCAAAUAUUGCAAGCUCACUUUUAUUAUAUAAGUACUCGUACAAUUAUAUAGUGUCCUGUAAAGAUUUAUCUGCUUAAAUAAUGGAGUUAUCAUAAUCCUUUAUUAUUAUUAUUAUUAUUAUUAUUAUUAGACACAGCGACAAGGACUAUAAUUAGUAAUUUUUCUAAUAAUUUUGACUUUUUGUCAUUUUAUUUUCAUUAUUUUUAAUAUUUUUUCUAGUUAUGAAAAAGAUUGUGAAUUAUGUAUUAUUUCAUACCAUAAUACCAGUGAAAUUACUUAUGUGGGUUGCGGACAGCAAAUACUUUCAGUAAACUUAUGAAAAUAAAACCUACAAAAUUUCAAUUUAUUUGUAUAUCAUAAAAUAAAAAAUAUUUUUUUCAACUUUUUUACCAAAACACUAGAAUAAAUUAUGAAAUAUUUGCUGUCUUUCUCUCUGUGAGUCUUAUAAAAAAAAAAAAAAAAACUAAAGGAAACUUCAGGAGAUAUCGCAAUGGGUAAAACAGUAAAAUAUACUAAAUCUUCAUGGGACAUCUUAUAAUGUUAUUGAACGAUUAAAAUACUACAAGUAGUGUGUUGCAUAAACUUUAAUGGAUUUGUGUUCAUUUAGAAAUAUUACAAAAAAUAAUCAUUCACACACAUUUUAAACUAUUGCAGUCUACGACUUUGGCAAAGAAAUAAACAAACCCAAUAAGGUGCAUUUUAUUUAUUUUCUAAAUAAUAUUUAAGAAUUAAUUCUUUCAUUUCUAUGGUUUAAUGAUAUUGAAAUUUGAAGUUCCAAAAAAUGGCUUACCAAAAAAAUAUAAUCAAAAAUAUGUAUACCCGCCUAAUACUUUUCCAUGUGUUUUGAAAUGAAUAAUUGUGAAUUGGUUAUUUCUUAAUUUCUUAUGUACCUAGUGUGCUUGUCUAAUAAUUUUAUUUAAUGCAUAGUCCUUUAUAACUCAUAAGUA